AUGUCUUUUCGUUCAAUUGACAUAGACGCAUUCGACGAGGAACGACUUUCCGAGAAAGAAAUCUUUGAGUUUUCACAUAGUGGUGGUGGCGAAGGGAUAGAACAACAGUCGCCAGAAGCAGUUUUUGCUUCUGUUCAGGUCAAGGAGGUGGAAGCGCGUAGCCUUUUGCAAAAAGGAAACGCCGCCAAUGCUCUCACAAUAGCAAUAGACAAUCCACCUUACGGGCUAGAUAGAGAUAACGCAAAGGAGUUAAAUGCAAAAAUAGUCAUGGAUGUUUUGAACUCUGUAAAAACAACAGACAUUCCCUUGAUCGUGAAAUCGUUAUCAAGUGAACAACAAGAUACACUGAUGAAAUAUAUAUAUAGAGGAAUGGCAACUCCCGAGUCGUCGUCUUCUUCUGCUAUACUGCUGAAUUGGCACGAGAAAUUGACUGAAAUUGCUGGAGUUGGUUGCAUUGUGCGAGUCAUCACUGAUCGGAAAACUGUCUGA